UUUGUGACAGAAUUUUAAGUCUUAGCAACAAAAAACAAAUUUGAGGCUGUGGAAUUUUAUAUGGAGAUGGUGAGGCUUCUUCUCUGCAGUUUUGCAUUGUUGUUAAUGAGCUUUGCCUGCAACUCUGAUGCUGGCGACGUUACGUACGAUGGAAGAUCAUUGAUCAUCAAUGGCGAACGUAAAGUUCUGUUUUCGGGUUCAAUUCAUUAUCCAAGAAGCGCUCCUGAGAUGUGGCCAUCUUUGAUAGCCAAGGCCAAGGAAGGAGGAAUAGAUGUGAUACAAACAUACGUGUUUUGGAACCUUCAUGAACGCCAACAAGGAAAAUUUGAUUUCAGUGGAAGAAAUGAUAUAAUAAGCUUUAUUAAGGAAGUCCAAAACCAAGGCCUUUAUGUCACCCUUAGAAUCGGACCUUUCAUCGAGAGUGAAUGGACAUACGGGGGUCUACCAAUUUGGUUAAGGGAUAUUCCUGGCAUUGUCUAUCGAUCAGAUAAUGAACCAUUCAAGAUUGAAAUGGAAAAAUGGACAACCAGAAUAGUCACCAUGAUGAAAUCAGAAAAAUUGUACGCUUCACAAGGUGGACCAAUUAUAUUGUCACAGAUUGAGAACGAGUACAAAAUGAUAGAACCAGCUUUUCAUGAAAGGGCCUCUUAUGUUCGUUGGGCUGCAGCAAUGGCGGUCGGGCUUCAAACUGGUGUGCCCUGGGUUAUGUGCAAACAAGAUGAUGCUCCAGAUCCCGUGAUCAACACAUGCAAUGGAAUGAAGUGUGGAGAAACCUUUACUGGUCCUAAUUCUCCCAAUAAGCCAGCACUAUGGACAGAGAAUUGGACAAGCCAAUACCAAGUAUAUGGUGACAAACCAUUACUAAGAUCGGCUGAAGAUAUCGCGUAUCAAGUUGCACUGUUUAUUGCAAAAUUCAGAGGAAGCUAUGUAAAUUAUUAUAUGUAUCAUGGAGGAACCAAUUUCGGAAGAUCAGCUUCUGCAUUUGUGAUCACUAGCUACUAUGAUGAAGCUCCUCUUGAUGAGUAUGGUUCAGUAAGGCAACCGAAAUGGGGUCAUCUGAAGGAACUGCACGCUGCGGUAAAGCUAGCCUCCAAUUCUCUGCUCUCUGGAGACCAAACCAAUGUCUCUUUGGGUGAACUGCAAGAUGCCUAUGUAUUCCAAGUUAAGUCUGGAGAAUGUGCUGCUUUCUUAGUGAACAAGGGACCUAAAGAUGCGAGUGUUGUCUUUCAAAAUUCUCCGUAUCAGUUGCCUCGAAAGUCAAUCAGUAUCCUGCCAGACUGCAAAACUGUAGCCUUCAACACUGCAAAGGUAAACGCACAACAGUCUACUAGAUCAUGGCAGGUAACCCAAAAGUUUGAUUCAACAGAGCGAUGGGAAGAGUACAAGGAAGCUAUUCCUAAUUUUGACAACACUGUGUCGCGAGCAAACACAUUGCCAGAGCAAUUGUUCACAACAAAAGACGAAUCUGAUUACCUUUGGUACACUAUCAGCCUUAAGCAAGAUUCAAAUAAUGAAUCUAAAUUAGUUGUUCAAUCACGAGGACAUGUCUUGCACGCGCUUGUAAACGGAGUAUUUGUAGGAUCUGCACAUGGAAGGCACAGGAAUGAAAGUUUUUCCUUGGAGCAGACUGUUACUCUUAACAAAGGGGUGAACUCCCUCUCAUUUCUUAGCGCAAUGGUCGGAUUACCGGAUUCGGGAGCAUAUCUAGAGCGUAGAGUGGGCGGAUUACGUAAAGUACUGAUUCAAGAGAGAGAUUUGAGCAAAAACUCAUGGGGCUAUCAGGUUGGGCUGUCUGGAGAGAAGUUAGAAAUCUACACAGAUGCCGGAUCAAGUAAAGUUCAAUGGAAUAAGUUGGGAAGCACCGCUAAUCAACGACUCAAAUGGUUUAAGACUCAUUUUGAUGCACCAGCAGGAAAUGAUCCUAUUGCAUUAAAUCUCGGUUCCAUGGGAAAGGGUGAAGCUUUCGUCAAUGGACAAAGUAUCGGUCGAUAUUGGGUCUCGUUCCAAACCCCGGAAGGCAAACCUUCCCAGACAUGGUACCAUGUACCCCGAGCCUUCCUCAAGCCUACCAGCAAUCUAUUAGUUCUCCUGGAAGAAGAAAACGGCGACCCCCUCAAAGUUUCACUGGACAAAAUUUCAGUAGCACAAGUAUGCGGGCAUGUGUCCGAGACACAUUUACCCCCAGUAGUCAAAUGGUUAGGUCUGAAAACUCACAACCAAAACAACACUAGAAAGUACCGCGACAGAAGGCCAAAAGUUCAGCUCAGUUGUCCUCCCAAGAGGAACAUCUCCAAGGUCUUGUUCGCAAGCUUUGGCAACCCUUCUGGUGAUUGUCAAAAUUAUUCCACCGGAAGCUGCCACUCAUCUAUUUCUACAGCAAUUGUAGAGCAGGUUUGCAUUGGUAAGAGGAGAUGUUCUAUCCUUCUAUCGAAGAACAGGUUUGGCGAUCCAUGCCCAGGCAUCAGCAAAACUCUGUUGGUCGAUGCACAAUGCACGUGAUGCAAGUAUAGUUUUCGGUCAUCUGUUACAUACAGGUAUAAAUUGCUUAUACAACUCUCCACAAGUGUAGAGUAUUACCUAAAGGAUAUGAGGUGUCAUCGUAUUAUAUUUGAAAUAAAGUUUGGAGGGUUCUAAGCU